CCUCAGAGUCAUAUGACCUGCAGCCUUCUGUCAUUUCUGUUUUUCAGUACCAGCUAGCAUAGCACAGACUGCACCGUUAGCUUUCCAGGUUUCUUUUCUCCACCCGACGAUGGCAACACUGGUGGCAAACAGGGCGAUGGACGUCAACGGACUGGCAGCAGCCGCGAGGACCCACACCCAGGCUGUGACCAGAAACUACAUCUCUCAACCCCGGCUAACCUACUCCACUGUGUCAGGUGUAAAUGGACCUCUAGUGAUCCUGGAUAAUGUGAAGUUCCCCAGGUACGCUGAGAUUGUUCACCUGACCCUGCCUGAUGGCACCAAGAGGAGCGGACAGGUUCUGGAGGUGAUUGGAAGCAAGGCAGUCGUCCAGGUGUUUGAGGGAACUUCAGGUAUCGAUGCUAAGAAGACGGCCUGCGAGUUCACCGGUGAUAUCCUGCGUACCCCGGUGUCAGAGGACAUGCUGGGGCGUGUGUUCAACGGCUCAGGCAAACCCAUCGACCGUGGACCCAGCGUGCUGGCUGAGGACUACCUGGACAUCAUGGGUCAGCCCAUCAAUCCUCAGUGCCGUAUCUACCCCGAGGAGAUGAUUCAGACCGGCAUCUCAGCCAUCGAUGGCAUGAACAGCAUCGCCAGAGGACAGAAGAUUCCCAUCUUCUCUGCUGCUGGGCUGCCCCACAACGAGAUUGCGGCCCAGAUCUGUCGCCAGGCCGGCCUGGUGCAGAAGUCUAAAGAUGUGAUGGACUACAGCGCUGAGAACUUUGCCAUUGUCUUCGCAGCCAUGGGAGUCAACAUGGAAACUGCUCGCUUCUUCAAGUCAGACUUUGAGGAGAACGGCUCUAUGGACAACGUCUGCCUCUUCCUGAACCUGGCCAAUGACCCCACCAUCGAGCGUAUCAUCACCCCUCGCCUGGCGCUGACCUCAGCAGAGUAUCUGGCCUACCAGUGUGAGAAGCACGUCCUGGUCAUCCUGACUGACAUGAGCUCCUACGCCGAGGCUCUGAGAGAGGUCUCCGCAGCCCGAGAGGAGGUGCCUGGACGUCGAGGCUUCCCUGGUUACAUGUACACUGAUCUGGCCACCAUCUACGAGCGUGCUGGCCGAGUAGAGGGCAGGAACGGCUCCAUCACCCAGAUUCCCAUUCUCACUAUGCCCAAUGACGAUAUCACCCAUCCAAUUCCUGAUCUGACUGGAUAUAUCACAGAGGGCCAGGUCUACGUGGACAGACAGCUACACAACAGACAGAUCUACCCACCCAUCAACGUGUUGCCCUCACUGUCCCGUCUGAUGAAAUCUGCCAUUGGUGAGGGGAUGACCAGGAAGGACCAUGCUGACGUCUCCAACCAGCUGUACGCCUGCUAUGCCAUCGGUAAGGACGUCCAGGCUAUGAAGGCUGUGGUGGGAGAGGAGGCCCUCACCUCUGAUGAUCUGCUCUACCUCGAGUUCCUCCAGAAGUUUGAGAAGAACUUCAUCGCUCAGGGCCCCUACGACAACCGCACCGUCUACGAGACUCUGGACAUCGGCUGGCAGCUGCUGCGAAUCUUCCCCAAGGAGAUGCUGAAGAGGAUUCCUCAGAGCACCCUGGCCGAGUUUUACCCCAGGGAGUCUGCUGCCCGCCACUGAGGCCCUCUGACAGCUGCUCUGGUUCCACUCACAUCGCUACCCAUCAGCCCUCUUUCUCUUUUAUUCUUCUCCUUCGUCCCACCCAAAUGCCCAGCACCUCUGAGGAUGUUGGAGUCCUCAUCCAUCCCAAUUCCAACCCCACUGUUCUUGUUACCUUCUCCAACCCAACCCACCCCUCCUUUAGUGAGAACAGGGCAAUAACCCCCCUCUGUAGAUGUACUGUAGCGUAUCUGUGUCCAGAAGUUGUGUAUGGAAAGUGUCUGUGGUUGUUUCGUCUUCCCUUGAUUGAAAACGUGAACAUAUCCUUAAAAAGAUAGAUGAAUCUUUAUUUAUUGGGGAGUCUUACCGCUGGACCCCCCUCCUCCUCCUCUUCUUCCUUUUUUUUGUAUUUAAUAAAUGCUCUAUAAUAUCCAUAUCCCUCUGAAAUAAGAGAUUACCAGCUGAUGAAUAAAGUAAAUAUGUAGGGAAAAUAUCAUUUGGUGAAGAUUGUCCAGUCGGCUUUGUCAGAAAUAUUGAUUCAACUUGAUUGUCAUUUUCUUUACCAAACCUUUGAAUGAAUAUUCACUGAACAUGGAAGACUAGCAGAGUCACCAGAUGAACCUUAUUGACCUGUGGGUGGUUUUCUGGUUUGAUGAUCAUCUCUUGAUCUUGUUUUACCCUCUUCCUUUGUAAAGUUACCAAUGGGAAACUGCUGCAGUUUUCUCACAUCACCAUAAAUACGAUGAGGAAAGCAUUCAAGACACAUUUCUGGAAAACAAGCCGAGUUUUUCUCAUCCUUCUGGUUCUUCUUGCUUCCUCUCUCUACUCUGGAAGUUGAUGUUUACAUGAUUUCUGUUUUGCUGUUGGAUUUGUGUUGCAAAGACGAGUAUAUAAAUAUAUUGGAACAUUCCCAUCUGUUGUGCAACAAUAAUGGUUUUGUGUGUUUUUGUCCAUGAAUAAAUUAAAUGAUAUGCUAAA